GAUAAUUCGCACAUAUGGUUUAAACGGAUAGUCCAGGACAGUCACGAAGCGGGGGAAAGCGGGUCUUUUCUCCUGUAUUGAAACUUUGAGGAUCAACUUGGAAUUCUGUCUGAAUGUCGCGCUCCGGUCAACUCUAGUCGUGAGUGUGAGAUCAAGUGAAGUGACGUGCAACCUAUCCGGCUCUCCACAUAUGUGUGUGUCCAAUUUAGGUCAGGCACGUGUAAUAUUCCUAUAAUUAUGUCUUAUCAUUUUGUAAAAACAUGUGCUAGUACGAAUAGUCUCUGUCAUGUGUUGACACAUGUACGACCUAUGAUUUAUAUUAAGAAAUUUAGUUAUGCUCAUGAUAUAAACAUAAACUUGAAUAGUGGACCAGUCAGUAUUUUAAAGCAGAAAAUAGCUAGGGGCGAACUGAUGAACGAUACGUACCAGACGAAAGUGGCACAGACCCUGCAGCAAAUUUACCAAGAAGUUCAAGAUUAUAAGCCGCAACAAUUAAAUCUGUUGGAAAAAUGGUUUUACAACAAGCGGAGGGAUGCGCCGAAAGGGUUGUACAUUUUCGGAGCAGUGGGUGGAGGUAAAACAAUGUUGAUGGACCUAUUUUACAAUUGUUGCCAGAUUGAAAAUAAGAAAAGGGUCCACUUUCAUUCUUUCAUGCUGGAUGUGCAUAGUAGAGUGCACGAGAUAAAAAAGACCAUUGUACGAGAUAUGACUAGCACCAAGCUGCAACCUUUUGAUCCAAUACCUCCAGUCGCCUCUGGCAUUGCAGAGGAAACUUGGCUGUUGUGCUUCGACGAAUUUCAGGUAACGGAUAUCGCAGAUGCGAUGAUAUUGAAACGGCUGUUCACGGAGCUGUUCGAUAAUGGCGUAAUAGUGGUCGCGACUAGUAACAGAUCGCCAGAUGAUCUGUAUAAGAAUGGACUGCAAAGAGGAAAUUUUGUACCAUUUAUAAAAGUGCUGAAAGAUCACUGCCUCGUUAGUAAUUUGGACUCUGGGAUAGAUUACAGAUUAAAAUCGGGAUCCGGAAAUAAGAAGAUUUAUUUCAUAAAAGGUAAAGAUGUCACGAACGAUGUGGAUAAAGUUUUCAAAUACCUGUGUUCCAUGGAGAACGACGUGAUACGACCGCGCACGAUUUCCAUAAGAGGACGCAAUGUCACUUUUCGAAAAACCUGCGGGCAGGUGUUGGACUCCACUUUCGAGGAAUUGUGCGACAGGCCUCUCGGAGCAAGCGAUUAUUUGCAGUUGAGUCAAAUUUUUCAUACAGUCAUAAUAAGGGACAUGCCUCAAUUGAACCUACGACUUAAAUCUCAAGCUAGGCGAUUUAUUACUCUUAUCGAUACAUUGUACGAUAAUAAGGUACGAGUAGUUAUGUCAGCGGCUGUACCACACACACAGUUAUUUUUAUCGGAAAACGAGUCCGAAUAUACCGAUGAGAAAAGAAUGCUGAUGGAUGAUUUGAAGAUUACGCAUGGCUCGGUAGACGUUGAUUUCAUAAUGAGGCAAAAGAGGAUCAUAAGGCAAACAUCUUUACUGGAGAAGAGGAAAUCUUUGCGUUUGAUCGUACCGUGUCACGUCUGGCUGAGAUGCAGACCUCACAGUAUUGGGAGCAGUGGGAACACCACAGAUAAUGAUAAUGUUAAAACUAGUACAAAUAGAUUUGUGUAGCUCCGUAUGAAUUUCCACUCACUUAAAACUAAAGAUUGUUAAUGAUUGUAAUUUUUAUAAAACGAUCUCUUGCGAGUAGUUAUUUAAGUUUUCAUCAGGUGUGCGUUUUACGCUUGAAGCGUUAAUUUUCGCGCUUUCUCAGUAUUUUACCUCGUAAAUUAUUUUAUUGGGAACGCAAGUUCCUUGAAGAUUACCUCUAACAUUAAUUAUUUAUAUGAUUUAUGUGCAAAAAAUCUUACUGAUUGCCAAAAAA